AUGUUUACUUCCGGAUUUCCUAUAUGUGGCAAAGGCUGGUAGCGAGAGCAGCGGCGGGAGGCUCGGGAAGCGAGGGCGAGUUUUUGUGACCGCGGCGGAGUGAGCGGCCGACAGCCUCUGGACCGGGUUCGGGGCCCCUUUCUGGAAGGCGGGGACGAAGAGGCGAGCGAGCGAGCGAGCGGGCGGCGGCGGCGGUGGUCCCUCGGAAGAAGGAAGCCGGAGGAGACGGAGCGGAGGUCGCCGUUCGAGGGAGUGCAGCUGCUGCUGCUGCUGCUGCUGCUGGUGGUGGAGGAGAGCUGCCUUCCUGCGCUCGCCUCGCGCGCCGUGCCGCCGGGGACCGUUGCCGUUGGUGCUCCGGUGAGCGAAGCCCCGGCACAGCGGGCGCGGCGCUUAGUUUGACGUCGACGACGGGAGUCAGUCCGGCAGAGGAGCCGCCGCCCACCGGCACCGGCCGCGCACGGACGGCCUUCCCGUAGCCCGUUCUCGGGGUCCCAUCCCGGUCCCUGUCCCGGUUCGGCCCGGGUUGGGGUUCGGACGCCAUGGACUGGCUCAUGGGGAAGUCCAAGACAAAGCCCAAUGGGAAGAAGGCGCCGGCGGAGGAGAAGAAGCACUACCUGGAGCCGGAGUACACCAAGGUGCGCGUGGUGGACUUCGACCUCAAGGAACUUGUGGUUCUACCGCGUGAGAUCGACCUCAACGAGUGGCUCGCCAGCAACACAACGACCUUCUUCAACUUGAUCAACCUGCAGUACAGCACCAUCUCCGAGUUCUGCACGGCGGAGACCUGCCCAGCCAUGACGGCGUAUAACACGAUAUACUACUGGUAUGAUGAGAAGGGGAAGAAGACCAAGUGCACGGCGCCGCAGUACGUCGACUUCGUCAUGAGUCUCGUGCAGAAGCUCGUCACUGACGAAGACGUCUUUCCCACCAAAUACGGCAAGGAGUUCCCCAACUCGUUUGAGUCGCUCGUCAAGAAGAUGUGCCGUUUCCUGUUCCACGUGCUGGCGCACAUCUACUGGGCGCACUUCAAGGAGACGGUGGCGCUCGAGCUGCACGGUCACCUCAACACCCUCUACGCACAUUUCGUCGUCUUCGUCAGGGAGUUCAACCUCGUGGACCCCAAGGAGACGGCCAUCAUGGAGGACCUGUCGGAGGUGCUGUGCACGCCGCUGCCCGCCGCGCACAACCACGUGACGGAGAGAUGAGCCGCGCUGCCCUGCCCCCGCACCGCGCACCCUAGGGGGGAGGGGGAGGGGGUUGGCAGCUCCAGCUUGGGCCACGGCAGAACUUGGGAGACCUCCCGCACGCCUACCUUUGCCACCGCGGGGACCCCGGCGACAGGGGUCCGGCACUCCGGCAGGCAUUGAUGGGGGCCGCUCUGAGGGGCGGAGCCAGUCUGGCUGCCCCGCCCUUUUACUAGGAAUGAAGAGUUUUUUUUUCUUUUUUUUUUUUGUUUUAAAUGUUGUUUUUUUCCUUCUUUUCCCCCCAAAAGGGGAUUUUACUUGUGUUUGUUAUGUGGGGAUGGAUGCUCUGUCCUCCUCUCUUCCUGCCUUUGCUUCUCCAACAGCAGGACAGUGGCCCCCCCUUCGCGCCAACCUCCUCUCCUGUCAUUAUAAGGAUAUGUAACGAGUGACACUUUAACCAUAGCGGGUUUAGCUCUCUCUCCUGCCUCUGGAGGGGGGUGGGGCACUGUGUUUUUCCUGGGCUUGUCCAGCACAGCGGGAGCGUUUCUCUGAGGGAGGGGUUCCCGGGUUCGAGUGGCCUGUCGUGCUGGCCGCUGGCGAGGUUCCCGGACACACGGCUACCAUCUUGUUGUGGUAUGUUAAUAUACAAUAUUAUUGGUCCAUUCCUUCGCACAGAGAGCAGUGGCGCAGGAAGAGGGCGAAUGACAGUAGGGGUGGGGGUCCAACUCCUGCAGGGGUGCCGUUUUCUCAGGGUGGGGGCGCUGCGGUGACCGCUGGGUCCUUUGUCCCAGAGCAGCUCCUCGUCCCUUCGGUGACGGUGAUGUCCGCAGGCUGACUGCUACACGGUGCUGCCCCCUACAGGAAGAGCAGGACAGAGCAGAGCAGCGUGGGCUGCGCUCAUCAGGGAGAAAGUGUUCGAGAGACGCUCAAGCGCAGGAUGACGAGUGUGUGUCCUUAGGACGACCCGCUCCCUCUCCUCCACCCCCCACUUGCAUUAGUAAUUUUUUCUGAAUGAUCAGAGACUUUGGUUGAUAUGAGGGAUGUGAAUUUGAAUGUUCAAUAUGCACAAGUGGCUGGUGGUGCCCGUGGGGGCAGGGGGCAGGGGGCAGGGGGCAGGGGGGGGUGUGUGAAAAGGGUUCUCAUGGCUUCUGGAAUCACUUCUCUUGGGGUCAGAGGGAUGGAGUACUUUUUCUAAUUUAUUUUGUUCUUUUUGACAUUUGCAGGGUUCAUAAAUUCUUGCUUUCAUUUAAUGUGUUUUAAUUGUAUAAGUUAAGAAUCUUGUAAUAUUUUAAGCUCUGCGAAUUAUAACCUAAUAAAAGGUGAAAGUGAAAUUUGUGCUUUUCACUUUGUCGAAGGGUGUGUGUGUGUGUGUGUGUGUGUGUGUGUGUGUGUGUAAGAAAACAUAAAAAAUCAGAGUACAGAACACAUUUUGAUCCCAUAAACCCAAACAGUUAGAGUCGCCAGACCCCAGUUUCACCUUCUUUUUUCUUUUUCUUUCUUAAACAGAAAUCAAGAGUUCUGUUAACCUGCAUUAAUAGAUGAUGG